CAGUCAGUCAGUCACUCGGUAGGCCCGCGGUGCGCUAUGAGGUGGGAUCUGUGAACGAGCCACGCGGUGCUUGUUUUUUUUUUAUAAUUUACCUGCACACACCCCGGCAAGGUGCGGGCCUAAUCGCGACGUUUAUCCAAGCCCCCGAGCAGCUCCCGUUCUUCCUCUGAUAUGCGUACCCGCGCGACCCGACCGGUCGAGCGUCCACGCCGGUGCACACGGUCCACAGUCGGUUAGGGCCUCGGAUCACCCGGAAGAGAUCGGUUUAUCGUUAAGUCCCCCCCACCCCCUCCCCCGAGAGUCGAAUGUUCCCGUGAGUUUCUGUUUCCGGGAUAACGUGACCGGCGUUGUUGUUGGUUUUGGUUUUGGUUUUGGUUGUUUGGUGGUGUUGUCGGGUGGUCUGUGUUUUGUUCGGUGCCGAGUGUGUGCACGCGACGACGCGCUGCCCCCGUCAAAGUGCGUGCUGCCAAGGUGACCGUGAUACCGCGCAAGACAAUGUGCGUGACAGCCACGCCGCUCAGCGCGACCAAAAUACUCAAGGAUAGUGCGAGACACCCGGCAAGGACUAGCAUCGCGAGCAACGUACAGGUGCAAGGAUUCGCGCCGGCAGCGAACAAUGCCGCCGACGACCGGCCACAGCACACGUCGAUCAUGAUGGUCCGCAUGAUCGGCGACGAGUUCCUGACAGAGGAAAGGGACCGGAAGUACUACGCCGAUCACUAUACUUGUUGCCCGCCGCCGCUCUUCAUCAUCCUCAUCACCCUCGUGGAGCUGGGUUUCUUCACGUACUACACAGUGGCGAUGGGAGAAGUGAAUCCGUCGGGUCCGGUACCAAUCGAUAGUGUCUUCAUUUACAGGCCGGACAAACGUCUCGAGCUCUGGAGGUUCGCGUUCUAUAUGUUCCUUCAUGCCGGGUGGCUUCACCUGCUGUUUAACCUGGGAGUGCAGGUGGUCGUGGGACUUCCCCUGGAAAUGGUUCACGGAAGCCUCAGGAUCGCGGCGGUUUACAUGGCCGGUGUCCUUGCCGGCUCCCUUGGCACUUCGGUGUUCGACACGGACGUGUAUCUCGUCGGCGCCAGCGGGGGCGUUUAUGCUCUUCUUGCGGCUCACCUCGCCAACGUCCUUCUCAACUACAACAACAUGGAGUUCGGCAUCGUACGAUUAAUAGGCAUCUUCGUGAUCGCGAGCGCGGACGUUGGGUUCGCGAUUUACGACAGGUACGCGGCGGAGCAGAUGGGUCCGCCGGUCUCGUACGUGGCUCACCUGACGGGCGCCCUGGCGGGCCUGACGAUCGGCCUCCUGGUGCUGAAGAACUUCGAGCAACGGCUGCACGAACAACUGCUCUGGUGGGUGGCGCUCGGCGUGUACGCGGCCUGCACGAUCUUCGCGAUCAUGUACAACCUGAUGCACCCGGACUAUCCAUGACGUGAGGUCAGCUUCGCGUACGGUCAGCCUAGAAGAACGUAACGCGAAGCUGAACGCCGGCGAUCAGCGACGAGGAACGUCGAGCGGCGCGUCGAGGACGAACGAUCAGCGGACGACGGGGCCGACGACGGCGGAGUCGAACGGGGCGAGGAAGGGAGUAGAAACGGGGCCGUGAGAAACACGAAGGACGAGGCCGAAUGCGAGCCUCGGUGAGGCCGCCGCGAUCUCGAUGGAACGAAGAGAGCCGCUCCGUCCGAGCGGGUGCGAGCUCCUCGGCUUCCGGUUGCCGAAGAAGAAGAAGAAGAAGAAGGAGAAGAAGAAGAAGACGAAGAAGAAGAAGCAGCUCGCCCGAAGUGGGUUCGCGGCGGAGAGAAACGGGCCGGCACUCGAGGCAUCGGUAACGAGGAGCGAUCGAGGGACCGAUCGAAUAUGAAUGAAGCGGAAUAAUCGCCGGGAAAAUUCCGGCGAGCGGACAAACGCGAGCAGAAGGAGGAAGGGGACCGUAAUGGCCGUCGAUCGGAAUAUGGAGAUCCGCGGGGAAACGUGUUCGGGGCGGGGACGAGGGAUUGAAUAACCAGCCGAGCGAAAGAAAAGCCCAUUGGCGGGGCAAAGGGGCGCGCCGAUGGACGCCGCCGGCCGAGGAGAUCGGCCGAAGGGAACGGCGCGCCGCGAUUUCUCACGAGCCUCGGCGCCGGCAAAAACCGCGCGCGCGCGGCGCCCCUCCGGCAGAGGGCGUUAAUUAGAGCACCCAGGGCGAAGAAGGGGCCGGCGCGAUGGUAAUCGGGGACGAAGUUCGCCCGCCGAGAAAACCAAAGACCCCUCGAGAUACCUCCGGCGUGACGAAGACGGACCGAAGAAACCAAAGAGAGCCGCGCGUCGAUCCCCCCUUCGAUCCCGGCGGACUUCGACGAGAACGAACCAACCUCCUACGGCCGGUCCAGCGACCUGGAUCGAUCUACUUUCGUCCCGCGGGGUGCUCGAGAUCCCAAAGAGUCGCGGAGCUGUUCCGUCCGGCCUCCUCUUCCGCCUUCCUCUUCGGCGUUGGCGCGUGCUCGAUCAAGGUCGCCGGAUCCUCUCGACGACGCUGCUUCCUCGGUCUAUCCUGUAUACCACUGAAAACUGUAAAUACCACUUGUACAUAGAUGAGAGACGGUGGCGAUCGCGUGCGAUGGGUGAAUGGGGGAUGAAUGGAGGACGCUGAAUGAGAACGAGGCUGACGCGGGACCGAGACCCGGGAUCGGUUGGCCGCGCGAUCUAGUCCGGUGAUCGAGAGAUUGCGUCGUCGAUCGUAAACAGGCUGCGGCCGGUGGUGCUUCUCGGAUUUGCGUGGGAUCCUCGCCGGACGGGCGCAGACGCUCCGGGAUUUAGAGAUCCUCCCCGGGGAUUUAGAGAAACCUCCUCCGCUCCCGUCGGGUGCUUUAUGUUUUUUUCGGAAUUUCGCCGACGCCGUUAUGGGGCGGUCAAGGGGGGGCCGGCUUGGCGUCGUUUAUGGCGUCGUUCGGUGGCUCGAUUGGCUGGCAUUUCGCGACGAUUUGUGUGUUCCCGGUGAGAUCUUGAUCUUUCUGCGGAUUUUUGGAGGUGUGCUGUUCGUUUAGAAAUGUUCGAAAACGGCUUCGUUUUCGUGGAUUAUUUUCGGCGCGGCGAUAUCUUGAUUGUGGAUUUUUCUGCGAAUUUUUCGGGGUGUGCUAAUUCGUUUAGAAAUGUUCGAAUGUGGGUUUCGAUUUUGUGGAUUAGUUUCUGAACGGGGAAGAAAGGGGACGGUGUUUUGUAGCAAUCGAAAGAUCGUUUUUGGUUAAGAUCGCUGUCUGAAUUAAUGAAACAAGAGCAAAAGUUCUCGCAGUAAUUACAAGAUUCAUUUUGGUAAAAAUUCUCGGUUGAUGUUCUUGCAUUUUCUUGAUUUGUUUCUUCUUGCGCAAUCUGCUAAUUAUGAAACCAUUGACGCUCGCGUAACAUUGGCGCUCUUUUAUUAAGAUAAAACGCCUUAACAAUGUUAGUAGAAAAGAGUGGUAUCUUGCACCGAUUAAAAGAUUGUUUCCGCUAAUCAGUCACGAAUUUUUGUUAAUCUUAAAUUGUCACGCCAGCACACGUCGUGCAUGCAUAAAGAUCUACAAUCGAACGAUAAGACGAUGCGGUUAUUCUUUUUCUUUGGAAUGAAACGUGUACACAAUUUUAGUUAGAAGCAUUGAUAAGAACAAUAUCGUGGUCGAAACAGUCGAAACAAUUGAUAUCGUUUAUUUGAAAAUAUUCAGUAAGCAUCGCAGCCAAUCUUGCCGGCAUAAAGUUAAUUUAGACCUUUGGAAUUUGAUUUUUUAUAGUACCGAACACACCUCCAUUAAAAUCACAGUCCUCGCGCUUGCCACGCUAUCGCACUUAGCGGCCAAACUUAGGACGCUAGCCGAGCUCCUCGCGCGAAACUAGUUAAUAUCUCUAAAACCAUUGUGCUUGUACAAAGUAAUCUUGCGCAAGUGCCUAACCUACGAAUUAAAGGAAAAGAAAAGUUACAGAAUAGCUAGUUUCACUCGUUAAAGAUACUGAUUCAAGAACGGGUACUAUCCCUACAGUGUCGCGUCUCCGAAAGCCUCGAGCACCGUUCGGUCGAAUCGUUGCAUUGAUAUUCUGCAAUUUUUGCAAUUGAUCGAAGAAAUUAAUCUGUAACUCGACUGUAUAAUAUACAUAAACUAUUUUUAUUAAAUUAAUCCAUAUAUUUCUAUAACGAAAACUAUCGUUAGAUGCAAAGAUUAACUGUUAGGUCGGAUUUGGUCGAACGGUGCCCGAGUUCCGAAAAGCUCUAAGCAAAUUCAAGUCGUUCGCUAGAGCAAGAGUUCAUUUGAGCGCCAAUUUUUACGGCUUGUAAACGCUACUAGGUCGAAUUUGGGCAACGAAUGUUCUUCUGGAGCUUAAAUAGUGCCCUCGAUGGCAAUCUUUAACUUCAAAUACCAUCUAAGAAGAGAAAAGCUUUCGAUUUCCACUAGAAACCUAUUUAUCUCCCUUUUGCUCCGGAAGAACCGCCCUGUGUGGGCGUGGCGCAGCGGGUAACGGCCCCUAGUGGGCGUGGCGCGAUCGCUAGCAGCUGUAGCGAACCUGAGCGCCGCCUAUAGUGGGUGUGGCGCGACCACUAGGCACCAGCGAGCCUAAGCGCCACCCGUAGUAGGCGUGGCACGACCGCUAGUAGCGCGAGCUAGCCUGAGCGCCGCCCCUAGUGGGCGUGGCUCGGCCGCCCGCAGCCCCAGCGGUGGCCUCAGAGGGCAUUUCGUGCUCCAGCUCGACCCAGGCGGCGUUCUGGCCGCAGAAAAUUGGCGCUAGCUCGAAUAAAAAGUGACAAAAUACCAAAUCGAAGAGGGCCCACGCAACUCUCGAGAGCAUUUUAGGAAAUUCGCGAGCCCCGUUCGCGGCGAAGCUUCGGUGCGUUUGCAAGGUCGGUUCUCAGCGCCAUUAUUUCGUCCCGCGUGUGUUGUUUAACUUAUUUGCGAUUACUGUCGGUGCUCCCGGCGGAGCUCAUUCUAUUUAUUGAUAGUUUUUUCGGUACGGGGCGUCGAGCGACGCCGAUUUUCGUCGAUCUCCUCGAUGUCCGCUCGGCGAGUUCCGUCUUCUUUCUCUUCUUCUGUCCGUUCCCUCUUUUUUUCCGAGCGGAGAAACCCGAGGAACGGUUGCUACUGCUGCUGCUACUGCUGCUGCUGCUGCUGCUACUGCUGCUGCUGCUCCAGCAAUCUAUCCAGGGCGGGGCGCCUCGUCGUACAAAUGUAAUCGGCGAAAGUCGAUUCGCCACUCGAUCCCACGGAUCACCUUUUAUAGUAUUUUUAUCGUUCGAUCUACGAACGAGGACGACGCGUUUUCCUUUCGUGGCGAACGGCGACACCGAUCCUUCAGCUGCCGGGAUCGUCGCGUCCCUCCUGUCCGAUCGAUUCUCUUCGUCGCUGUCCAAACAUUUUCACAGUUGCGGGUUUUGCAAGCUGAGAUUUUUUGGAAGAUUCCCACGGUUUCUGCCGCGAACCACCAGUCGGAAUAUCAUUUCUGUUGAGAUUGGAGCUUGUCGAAUGGGUUUUCGACGGCGGAUCGAGUCUUCAGGUUCUGGGAUUUCGUGCCACGUUCAGUUUCUUCCUCUGUUUUUCAUUGGAAAUUCGGAAUUGUCGCGAAUUGAAUGACUUUUUCCGUUGCUUGCGACAUUCAUUUGUUUUUUUGGAUAACUGCGGUAGGUUUUCGUAGAGAUGGUAUUGAUCCAAAAUGGCGGAAAGAGCCCUCGGGUGCUGAGAGUUUCGAUAUUUUCGCUUUUCUCUGUUCAAGGUUUAAAAUUCUAGCGAAUUGUUCCAUUUGUGGCGGUCUUGUUUAUUUAUUCCCUAGAACAGCUGCGCUCGGGUUUUCUACCGUCCAUGAAGUUCAAAAUGGCGGCAGAAGCCGUCGGCUUCUGUUAUUUCUUGCUAUGUCCUGUUUUCUCUCAGUUCGAAGUUUGCGGAAUUUGCAAAGUGUUUCAUUUAUAGCCCUUGGGUCCAUCGUUUACUCAUUUUUUGGACGACCGUGCCAAUUAACAAGUAUUAAAGCAACUAUAAUAUUCAUCCAAGAUGGCGGCAAGUUCAUCAGCUUGUGGGAUUUAUCGUUGCCACUAUACAAUUUCUUCAUUUUUCAAUCGAAAGUAGGUAAUUCUCGCAAAUUAUUUCAUUUUCACUGAAUGCACCAUCAUUUAUAUUUGUUUAAACAAUCGUACUAAGUACUGAAUCUUCAGGCAAGUUAUAUGUUCAUCCAAGAUGGCGAAGAAUGUUAUUAGUUUAUACCAUUUCUUGCUACCACUUUCUCAUUUUCACUUUUUUGAAUCAAAACUUGAGGAUUCUUGCAAAUCGUUUAAUUUUCGCUGCUCUAUCCGCCAUUUUUAAUGCCAGACCACUUUACAAACAGCAAACAACAAUUUUAUACCGUGUAUUUGAACGAGAAGGAAUCAUUUUGCAUGGUCCAUAGCAGAAAUCUUCGGAAUCUUAUAAGAAACUGUUACGUUUAAUCUCAGUUUGGGAAUCUUCCGAGACAAAAUGCCUGCGAAAUGGUGGACUAUACUUAUUGCUAGAUCAGAACACUCUUGCAGAAGACAGAAAAUCGCCGUAAAUGUUCAGAACAACCGAAUAAUUCCGUAGAAAGUUGGUUUCGUUUGAACAGAAAUCUAAAACUGACAAACAAUAGCACAAUCUUUUUCUGCAAAAUACAGUAAAAAGAAAAAUCAUAUUCCAACGCAACCGGAUUAUACAUAAUUAUUGGAAAUGAACAAUACAAUAUAAUAGAUUGUAAACAACCAAAAAAAAAACAAGGAAAUCAAAAACAUAAAAUUAGAGCAACCGACGAAAAUAACUUCACGAUGUUCGAAACCGCAGAUAUAUCAACUUUCUCGAAAAAUCGGUAAAAUUUCCGCUUAAAAAAAUCCUAAACAAUUCAAAGAACAGAUUAUUAAAAAACUGACCACAUUGGUUCGGUCGAUUUACAACAGGAAUCUCGUAUAAUCUCAACAAAAUUUAUCCGACAACUCGGUAACAUAUAAUUCGAGCUGCACAAAAUCUCUUUGAAAACUUCAUUUCGAAGCCUCGAAACAAACAACAAACCGAUGCAAAUAUGCGUGAAAGAAUUGUGUAUAUUUCAAGGUAGAUUUUCUGUCAGUUCAGCGAGAGCGUUCGCCAAUAAUCGCAAAAGCAAAACUGCCGCAAAGCUCCACCAUUUCGCGGCAAGCGUAGAACCAAAAUGGCGGGCGGCGCGCUGCGGUCUCGAGGCCCGCGUUUCACUGCCGGCAAAGGGCCCGCCUCCGGGGCCCGAUAUCGCGUCCCCAGUCCUCCUCGAGGAAGAAGAGAGGAAGCGAGAAGUUCGUUACCAAAGAGUCGAAGGCGAAAUAAGCGAGCGAGUUCAAGCCGAGAGUGAUUAACGAUGCUAGUCAAUUAGUAGCGGCAAAGGGGCAGCUAAAACGCCGACACGUUGCCGAGGAGGAGCCAGUUUUCCUUUGUCCCUUCUCUUUCGGGAAGCAGAGCUAGAGCCGAAUCGGAAGUCGGUCGCGUCGCGAAUCUUUUCGAGCGCAUUGUCUAUUUUUCCUUUCCGUCUCUCUCUCUCUCUCUCUCUCUCUCUCUCUCUCUCUCUCUCUGUAAUUCUCUCUCUA